AUGGCAGAAAAGGAUGAAGAUUUAGUAAGUAAGAACAGGAAGCCACUGGAUCUACCUGUCCCGGAGCAACAAGCCGUUCCAGCUGAUAAAAGUGCCAACAAGCCGGAAGACGCCGCCCAUGAGGGUGAAGAGGGUGAAGGCAACGUUGCUAGAGAAGAUGGAGAACGAGCCGGUGGUUCCCCCUUUCUUGACUGGUUGCCACCGGCACCUAUUGCUCGCAGGCAUUUUGAAGCAUAUAUUACGGCCGUAGGCGACGAUGGGAUUAUUUAUUUAUACGACUUUGAACAACAAAUCACUCGGAACCUUAUACGUAACACAUUAUAUGCCAAAUAUAAAUUGGAUCUUCAAUAUCAUUACCGAGACGAAACGGACACAACAUGGGAGGUGGGGGAACCGUGCAUAGUAUUACGGGGCUCGGCGGAGACCUUUAGAGGAGUAGUGAUUAAAGUAAACCAAGAAAAGCGCACGUGUCUCAUCUAUUACAUAGAUUACGGUAGAGAAGUGGUCGUCUCCUUUAGAAGCUUAAGAAAAGGUGCUGACCUCCGUCACAUUCCGAUACAAAUACUCAAGUGUACGUUAAAUCGUAUACAUCCUGUCGAAAACCAAUGGAGCAGAGACACAAUAGACUACCUUCGCAUAUCUCUUGUUGAAAAAUCAGGAGUUGCAAGAGUAGUUGGUGAAGAAGUAGACGGAAUACUAUCAAUAGAGCUAAAGUUUUGGGGGAUGUGGGUAAGUGACCUGUUAGUAGAUUUCGAAAGGGCUGAAUACGAAGAUGGCAUCGUGAAAUAUUGUUCAGUUGAAGAGAUCAAGGAAUUACUUGAAGAAGAUCCACUUGAUUCUGAUGAGCCAUCUUCAUCUGCCGCAAGCUCAAAGGAAGACCAACAGCCUGCGACUAAUGGCGAGCUCCUUACCUACCCGAAAUAUAGCGGUAAUGAACAUCCGUGUUUUAUGAGUGAAAUUAAUGAUGUUACCAAAUUACCAGUACAAAUUUUUUACGAAGAUAAAGAAUUGGACAAUCAGUAUCGAGCUUUGCACGAUGAGCUCCAGUCUGAAGGUAUGAAUAUGCCACCGCUGAAUGGAAUAUUUGAGAAUAAACCAUGUAUUGUAUUAAGUUCCGACAACUUUGAAUGGUACCGCGCAUCGAUUAUGUCAUUCAGCAAAAGAGAAAGUGUUGUUAAAGUUAAGUAUGCUGAUCAUUCUGACAUUGAAUUUAUCCCGUUGGCUAAUACAAGGGAGAUUAGUACUAAAUGGCUAAAGCUUCCUCCCAUCAAUUUAUCUGUCAAAAUAUUCGGCAUGCGCAUGAACCGCAAGGCAAAUAUGGCUAUUAUAGGCAGGCGAUACGCUGAAGCUUUCUUUCAACGAGGACCUUUUGUGUUGGUCAUCAAGGGGUACGAAGGUGUUACGCCCUUGGUAGAGAUCAGAGAUGAAGAUAAUGAUUUGCCAUACGAAAAACUUAUAGAAAAUGAUAUAUUAAUUAAACUCGAUUAA